UCGACGUUGGCCAUCAUGGCCGCAUCUGCCUUGAAGAAGAACAUCAUCAAUGUCGAGGCGGCAUUUCAAUCAAACACUGGCUCAUCAAGUGCAAGCUUCAGACAGAUCCAUGGAAAUACCGAGUGUCAGCGAAAGCAAGCGGAUAUACUCCAAAAGAUCCUGGAGCAGAAUCCGACAGGCUGCGUCAUUGUUUGUCCAUGGAUGGAGAGAAAAGUCCAGAGCCUCCUUCGGCAGUUUGCAGCCACAAAUCCAGUCAUUCAUGUUCUUCGGGAAGUCGACGCGAUUCAAGGUCACCUGAAGCUCAAGGAUAGGACAAAGGCCCACAACCUGAUGCAGAUGAGCAACUUGUUCUAUCGCAGCUGUACCAAUCUCGAGUUCUUUAACGUCUCCGAGAUCCGGGAAACCUCGAUUGAGGGAAAUGAGACCAAUCACCAAACCCUCACAACAAACGCGCCCUAUCUCGCACUCAAGCCGGCAGAAAGACAUCUCCUAAAGUUCCUGUCUCUCGUAUAUCCCACUGGCACAAUCCCGUUUUUUGAAUCCGCAUCUCCUCUCGCCAGCAUUGCACCCGAAGACAGAGAGUUUACGUAUUGUCUCUCAGUGCGCCUCCAGGACGUUUUGAACGGCACUCAAAAUUGGGAAGACGCAAUAGUUGGCGUCGACGCUGUUCAAAUCUUCGUGAACAACUUGGCGACACUCGAGGAUUCGAUGGAGAGCGUCGACGAGUGCACAAACAAAAUCACCGAAGCUCUGGGGAUUGUGAGAAAAAGCACCAUG